AUGGCAGAGAAGCCCCCCAGGAAGUCCGCCCUUCAUGGGGUGAGCAUCCGGCAGCUGGUGGAGGAGAUCCCCGAAGGCUGCAGCACACCAGACUUCCAGCAGAAGCCCGUCGCCCUGGCGCUGCAGGAAGGGAAAAAUGCCAUCUUCCGGGCCCUGGUCUGUGGGGAGCCCCAGCCUGAGGUCCAUUGGCAGAGCACCAAAGGUCACCUCAGUAACUCCAGCAAGUACCACAUCUCCUCCUCCCCCAGCGGCAAGGAGCAUGUGCUGCAGAUCAACAAGCUGACGGGCGAGGACUCGGACCUGUACCGCUGCACUGCUGUGAAUGUCUACGGCGAGGCCACGUGCUCCACGAGGCUCCUGGUCAUCGAAGUUGGCUUUCGGAAGAACCGGAAGAGGCACAAGGAACCCCAGGAGGACCUCAAGAAGGAGCUGAUGGACUACCGAAAUCUUCUGAAAAAGAGGGCCCCGCCUCCCGCCAAGAAAAAGGUGGACCUGGAGCAGGUGUGGCAGCUUCUGAUGACGGCCGACCGCAAGGACUACGAGCGCAUCUGCCUGAAGUACGGCAUCGUGGACUACCGCGGCAUGCUGCGCAAGCUCAAGGAGAUGCGGAAGGAGCACGAGGACAAGAUGGCGCAGUACGUUAACACCGUCUCCAACUUAAGACACAUCAGGGUCAGCAAGGAGGGGGUCGCAACAUUUGAUCUGGAGCUGGAUCUCAAGGAUCCCGGGAGCAAGGUUUACCUGUAUAAGGAUGGUGAGAUGGUCCCCUACAGCCUUGACAACCAGACCAAGCACUGUCUGCGGCGGCUGGGGAAGCGCUACCAGUUCCAGAUCCGGGACCUGCAGGCUGAGGAUGCUGGCAUUUACCAGGUCAAGGUGGAGGAUGCCGAAAUCUUCUCCACGGAACUGGAUGCCAGCGCCAUCCCCUCCAGAGUGGUGGUCCCGCUGGUUGAGGCUCACUGUGAAGAGCAGGGCGAUGCUGUCUUCGAGUGUGUUCUCUCCAGCCCCUGCCCCCAUGCCACCUGGAAUUUCCGGCACCGGCCCCUCCCACCCAGUGAUAAAUACGAAGUGUUUGUGUCCCCUGAUGGGCUGACCCACCGGCUGGUAGUCAGGGGGGCCCAUUUGUCAGACAUGGGCCCUUACUCACUGGGCACUGGAUUCCACAGCUCUACUGCCUGGCUGGUCGUUGGAGCAGGGAAAGAGAAAAGCCUUCUGACUGCAAGUGCUGACCACCAGAGUCAUCUUGGCAGCAGGAGAGGUGGCCCAGAGGGCAGGUCAGACAUCUACGGUCAGGGGAGGGAUGCCACCCAGAGUCCCAGAUCCAGACACAAGCCUGGCACUGACGGUUUCUCCAAGGAGGCCCAAGGCCCCAGGGGCUACUUCUCCCAGGGCCUGGCUGACACGGAAGUGCAGCAGGGAGAGGCUGCUGUGCUCUCCUGUACCCUCACCCGCGACCUGGGCCCCGGUGCCUGGUUUAAAGAUGGAGUCAAGCUCAGAGCCCAGGAUGGAGUCGUCUUUGAGCAAGAUGGUCUCGUGCACAAGCUCCUCAUUGCCCACGUUCAGGGGACCCAGGCUGGGAGGUACACCUUUGUAGCCGGCAACCAGCGGAGCGAGGCCACCCUGAGUGUCCACGAUCGCCCCGUCAUCGCUGCUGAUGUGACCGAGAAACUGAGAGAGCCACUGGUGGUCAAGGCUGGGAAGCCAGUGACGGUGAAGAUCCCCUUCCAGAGCCGCCUCCCAGUUCAGGCUUCCUGGAAGAAGGACGGGACCGAUGUGGUGGACAGCGGCCGCCACCAGGGGGCGCAGGUGGCCCUGGGGGAAGGCUUCACACGGCUGUGCCUCCCCAGCGCCAGCAGGAAGGACGGUGGCCGGUACCGCGUGACACUGAAGAGCGAGGGCGGCUCUGUGCAGGCUGAGCUCACCCUGCAAGUUAUAGACAAGCCCCAGGCCCCACAAGGUCCCCUGGAGGUAGAGGAUCGCCGGGGGGCUGGUGUCUGCCUCCGCUGGCGGCCCCCAAAGGACGACGGGGGCCGGGCCUUGGAGCACUACGUGGUGGAGAGGCGGCAAGCCGGCCGGACCGCUUGGCUGAAGGUGGGCGAGCCCCCUGCCGGCAGCACCACCUUCACCGAUGCCCACGUGGAGCAGGGCAGGAAAUACACCUUCCGGGUGCGAGCUGUGACCUCUGAGGGGGCGGGGGAAGCCUUGGAGUCCACGGAGCUGCUGGUGGCUCCUGAGGCUCUCCCCGGCCCCCCUUCAAGCCCAGCCAUCCAGUCGGCCUCCAGCCAGGGCAUCACGCUGACGUGGACGGCACCUCGUGGCCCUGGAAGUGCCCACAUCCUGGGCUACUUGAUUGAGAAACGCAAGAAGGGGAGCAGCGCCUGGACACCAGUGAAUGCCCAGCCUGUGCCUGAGAGGAGGUGGACCGUGGCAGACGUGCGACAGGGCUGUCAGUAUGAGUUUCGGGUCACAGCUGUGUCUCCCUCUGGCCCCGGAGAGCCUGGGCCUCCAUCGGAUGCCGUCUUUGCUCGGGACCCCAUGAGACCCCCCGGGCCCGUGCGGGACCUCCAAGUCACAGACACGUCGCACACUAGCAUCUCCUUGAGCUGGGCCCAGCCAGACACGCAGGACGGGGAUACAGCCCAGGGCUACGUGGUGGAGCUGCGUGGCUCAGACAGUCUGCAGUGGAGCCCCUGCCACGAGGGCACCGUGCCAGUCACCACCUUCACUGCCAAAGGGCUUCGGCCCCAAGAGAGCUACUUCGUGAGGGUGACAGCUGUCAACGACGGAGGCCGUGGCCAGCCCACCUCCCUGGACACGUUAGUGCAAGUCGUGCCCGUUGCUGUCCGUCCCAAAUUCCUGAUGGACUCCAGCAGACGGGACUCGCUGAUGGUCAGAGCUGGGGAGACUAUUCGUGUGCCUGUCUCCUUUGAAGCUGUCCCCAUGCCUGAGGUGACCUGGCUGAAGGACGGCUUGCCCUUGCUUAAAAGUAAUGUGACCUCCACCAAGGAGGGCCUCACCCAACUUCUGAUUCCUGUGGCCAGUCUCUCAGACAGUGGCGUCUACACCGUGCUGCUGAGGAGCCUGCAGGGCACAGAGGCUCUCUACCGCUUCUCCCUCAGGGUGGCAGCGUGUCCAAAGGCCCCUGGGCCCAUCAGCCUGAAGGAGAACGUGCCCGGGACAGUGACGGCCGAGUGGGAGCCCUCUCCAGACGAGGCUGGGGGUGUCCCCCUGUACUACGAGGUGCUGACACGCUCCUCGGUGCAUGGGCCCUGGCGCCAGGCGGCCGACCGUGUGCACACCAACCACUACACCCUCCUGGGUGUGCUCCCCGGCCGCGAGUACCACUUCCGGGUGGUGGCCAAGAACGAGCUGGGGGCCAGCCUGCCCUCGGACACCAGCCAGCCCUGGUGUAUCCCCCGGCAGCGAGACAGGUUCACCGUGAAGGCUCCAAGCUACCGGGAGCCUAACCUGAGCCAGAAGCCCCGGUUCCUGGUGGGGCUGCGGACCCACCUGCUGCCGCAGGGCUGUGAGUGCUGCAUGAGCUGUGCUGUGCAGGGCUGGCCGCGGCCCCACGUCACCUGGUUCAAGGACGACCAGAGCCUGGCCGGAAACCCUGCCGCGUACAGCACCGAUGUGCUGGGCGUGUGCUCCCUCGUCAUUCCCAGCGUCUCCCCCAAGGACAGCGGCCAGUACAAGGCAGUGGCGGAGAACGCGCUGGGUCAGGCUGUCAGCACUGCCACCCUCAUUGUCACAGGGGAAGGGCUGGCCCAGCAGUCCCAGCGAAAGUCUGCUGUUCCCCCGCAGCAGCACCUGCCCCCACCCCCACCCCCACCCCCACCCGCCGCCUGCGUCACAGGAGCUGUUGGUGCUUGUACCCGGCUUCCCAAGCGAUGA